CACGGAAUCAGCAGCUGUCAGAGGUGGGAUCCAGCCAUCUGCGUGUGAGCAAGCUCUCCAGAAUUCCUUCCUGCCUCCUGUGAGUUGCGACCCAACCUGCGGCAAGAAUGAAGCUCUUCAAGUUCCUCGCAGCGAUUGUCCUCUUCUCCUUCAUGCUCUGCAGCUACUCGGAGCAAAAUCAGGUGGAUGUGCUGUGCUCGACCGAUUGGUUCAUGGUCACAGUCCACCCCUUCUUGCUGAAUAACGAUGUGUUCGUCCACUUUUAUGAGGUGCAUUUGGGCCUGGGAUGUCCUCCCAACCAAGUUCACCCACACUUCUACGAGUUUACCUACCGCGUCACCGAAUGUGGCAUCCGCGUCAAGGCUGUCUCUCCAGACGUGGUUAUCUACAGCUCGGAGAUUCACUAUGCUUCCAAGGGCUCAUCGGCUAGAUAUGUGAUCCCCGUGUCGUGUGCUGCCCCUCGACGGUCCCCGUGGCUCACCAAGCCCUACUCCACGAAAGCUGGAAACAAUAACAACGCCGCGACCCCGAAGAAUGAUACGUGCUACCACGUGUUCAGCUUGCCAGAGCCGAGCCAACAACUUAACUGCAGUUGUCCGCCUUCUGUCUUCCAGCAAAAGAGCAUGUAAGGCCCACUUCAGCGGACAGAGUCUUCGGAGGCCCAUCUUGUGUAGUCAUCUGACACCACUGACUACUUCUGGGGACUCAUGUGUUCACUCAGAUGGCAAGAAGAAACCCAUGUAGUGCCCAGAUUUGGAGGCUUCUGAAAGACCUGUUCCUAGAAUUAGUAUAUAGCAUUUCUACUGCCAGUCAAAUAGAUGCCAUUAUGGCUUUUUAAGAAGAAUUUUGUGAAGGGCAGAUUCAUAUAUAGCUGAUUAUAACUUCCUUUUUUUUACUAUUUUUGUAUCUUUAAAAAAAUAAUAAAAUUCUGA